CAUGCUCAAUGCGCGGCGGACGCCAUGUUGGAGAUACAGUGGAGUCGGGCUGGGAUUUUUGUCUGACGCCGUAUGUUUUUCUUGAAAAACACAUCUCGCCCUCUUGCAUUGUCGGGCCCCCACGUUUGACCGCGCGCGACCUGCCGCGGACAUGAUGAACUCCAGCGUCGACCUGUCGCGGCGGAAUCCGCAGGAGGACUUCGAGCUCAUCCAGCGGAUAGGAAGCGGCACCUACGGAGAUGUGUACAAGGCUCGUAAUGUCAACACAGGAGAGCUGGCUGCUAUCAAAGUCAUCAAACUAGAACCGGGUGAGGACUUUGCUGUCGUCCAGCAGGAGAUCAUAAUGAUGAAGGACUGUAAACACUCCAACAUUGUUGCCUAUUUUGGCAGUUAUCUCCGGAGAGAUAAGUUAUGGAUCAGUAUGGAGUACUGUGGAGGAGGUUCUCUGCAGGACAUCUAUCACGUCACCGGUCCGUUGUCGGAGUCACAAAUAGCCUACAUGUCACGUGAGACCCUGCAGGGUUUGUACUACCUACACAAUAAAGGCAAGAUGCACAGAGACAUCAAGGGAGCCAACAUCCUCCUGACAGACAACGGCUACGUUAAACUAGCUGACUUUGGUGUAUCGGCCCAGAUCACGGCAACUCUAGCCAAGAGGAAGUCAUUCAUUGGAACUCCUUAUUGGAUGGCUCCGGAGGUCGCAGCGGUGGAGAGGAAAGGCGGCUACAACCAGCUGUGUGAUAUCUGGGCCGUGGGCAUCACUGCAAUAGAGUUGGCGGAACUGCAACCACCGAUGUUUGACCUGCAUCCCAUGAGGGCUCUGUUCUUAAUGACCAAGAGUAAUUUCCAGCCUCCUAAGUUGAAAGAUAAACUCAAGUGGACAAAUAACUUCCACCAUUUUGUCAAACUCGCCCUGACCAAGAACCCAAAGAAGAGGCCCACAGCUGAGAAACUCCUGCAGCACCCUUUUGUGUCCCAGCCCCUCAGCAGGACGCUGGCGAUCGAGCUGCUGGACAAGUCCAACAACCCCGACCACAGCACCUUCAACGACUUUGACGACGACGACCCUGAGCCUGAGUCUCCGGUCUCUGUUCCUCAUCGUAUUCGCUCCACCAGCAGGAGCACGAGGGAAGGGAAGACCCUGUCUGAGAUUAACUUCGGUCAGGUGAAGUUUGAUCCUCCGCUGCGAAAGGAGACGGAGCCGCACCACGAGCCGUGUGAUUCUGAGCCCUAUCUGGACUGUGUUGAGGAGCUCUACUAUACCGCGAGAUCUAAUCUGGACCUACAGCUGGAGUACGGCCAUGAUUCACCAAGUCUACUGGGAGGAAACAAGAGUCUCCUCAAAUCCGUGGAGGAAGAGCUUCAUCAGAGGGGCCAUGUGGCACACUUAGGGGAUGAUGAGGAUGAGGAUGAUGAUGGUGCAGAUGAUGAUGAAACUCACACUCAUAAAUCGAGCACCAUCAUGAGGCCAAAGGUCCCGCCCCCGCUUCCGCCCAAGCCCAAGUCCCUCUGCUCGUCCCAGCAGCCGCAGCCGCCGCAGCAGCAAAAACUAGACGACAGCCAAUCACACAGCGAGGACGACAGCGGAGGGGGCGGGACCAUCAAGCGCUGUCCGGUCCCACAGAUGUCGAGUCCGGCCAAGGCCGCGUCCAACGUACCCCCGCGGCCCCCGCCCCCGAAGCUGCCGCCCCACCGCCGCAGUAGCCUAGGUAACGAGAGCCAGCAGCUCACGGACGCCGAAAACUCUGCCCCAGAGGAUGAUGGGAGCUUUAGGCAUUUCUGGGAGUGGCUCCACACGCCUCACACAGAGGAGGAGCUGGAGGAGGCAUGGGAGGUGCUGAAGGAGGUGAAAGAGGAGCAGGAAAAAGAGGAGGAGAAGGAAGCGAGUAACGGGUUGAACUCUCCACACAAUGGCGAGAGGGACAGUCCGGCAGGAAGACAGUCCACCAUGCCCCCUAGUGUCCCCAUACGGAAAGACAAGAAGGACGUUCCGAUGCCGAUCAGUAAUGGCCUCCCUCCAACACCCAAAGUCCAUAUGGGUGCAUGUUUCUCCAAGGUGUUCAACGGCUGCCCGCUGAAGAUCCACUGUGCCACCUCGUGGAUCAACCCCGACACCCGAGACCAAUAUUUGAUAUUCGGAGCUGAAGAGGGGAUCUACACAUUAAACCUUAAUGAGCUGCAUGAGACCACGAUGGAACAGCUCUUCCCUCGACGGUGUACCUGGCUCUACGUCAUGAACAGCUGUCUCCUUUCCAUAUCUGGAAAAGCCUCCCAGCUGUACUCCCAUAGUCUGAGUGGUCUGUUCGAACAAGCCAGACAGUUAGGGAAGUUACCAGUAGCCAUUCCCACGCACAAGCUGCCUGAUAAGAUGAUUCCCAGGAAGUUUUCUGUAUCCAAUAAAAUUCCAGACACUAAAGGUUGCCAAAAGUGCUGCGUGGUGCGUAACCCGUACACAGGCCAUAAGUAUCUGUGUGGAGCCUUCCAGUCCAGUGUCAUGCUGUUAGAGUGGGUGGAGUCAAUGCAGAAGUUCAUGCUCAUCAAGAACAUCGACUUCCCGUUGCCGUGUCCACUGGAGGUCUUUGAGAUGCUGGUGGUCCCGGAGCAGACCUACCCUCUGAUCUGCGUGGCCGUCAGCAAAGGCACCGAACUCAACCAGGUGGUGCGGUUCGGCACCGUCAACCCCAACUCUACCUCCUCCUGGUUCACAGAAGCAGACACACCGCAGACGUGUGUGAUCCACGUCACCCAGCUGGAGAGAGACACCAUCCUAGUCUGCCUCGACAGGUGUAUAAAGAUAGUGAACCUCCAGGGCCGGUUGAAAUCCAGCAGAAAGCUGUCAGCCGAGCUGACCUUCAACUUCCAGAUUGAAGCCACAGUUUGUCUCCAGGACAGUGUUCUGGCCUUCUGGAGGCACGGCAUGCAGGGACGGAGCUUCAAGACCAACGAGAUCACUCAGGAGAUCUCUGACAGCACACGCAUCUUCAGACUACUGGGAUCAGACAGACGCGCUGACCGUAGACACCCAGAGGCUGAGGAGGGAGGCCUCUCUCUGCCCAGAGUGGUGGUGCUGGAGAGCAGGCCCACAGACAACCCUACAGCCCACAGCAACCUCUACAUCCUGGCAGGCCAUGAAAACAGCUACUGAGACACACACACCCCCACACAAACACACCCUCUCCUAAACAGCAGACCACUAUUGCAAACAAGGGAGUUAAUGCAACACGGGAGACACACUCAGCCCAACCUUACCGCCGCCACCACCUUCCCACCCGGCCUGCCGGCAGUGUGACUGGGAGACGUGCAGACGUGGAUUCCCACUAGCAGACGUUUAAGAAAAAAAAAAAAGCACCACGGUGUUUUAUGUGUAUCGGUUCAGCAUGUUGUAGUAGGACGAGCGGGGUGUGGACUCGAGGGGGUUUGAAACUGGUCUGAGGCCAGUUUGGGUUUUGCGAUAGCGACGUCAACCCAUAAAAUCCUGAUUAGCAUCCCACCUUCCUCCUCUUCCUCUCCCCCGCAUACUGCACACUGGGGGGGAGAGAGAACAGCAUCCAGCACAGAAGUUUGACUUCAACACUUUCUACUACUACUUCUACACACAUAAGUACUACUGCUACUACUGCUACUUGCGCUAAAAGCUUCAGAGAACAGCCAUCUUGCACAGAAAACCUUCCCCCUCUCCCCUUUGUAGUCUUUUCCUCUGUCUCCUCCUCCCUCCCUCCCGUCCCUUCCUUUCCCCUUUUAUUUUUAAAAACUACACCUUUAUUUAUUGUGGCAUGAUGUAACUUUAACAACCAGGAUGGCUUUCCUGUUUUAUUAGGUUUUUUUUAAAAGGAUAAAAAAAGAGAAAACGGACAAAAAAAAAAGCUUCGCCACCUCCGCUAGAAUCGAAUUCCAGUACCCGUCACCACACAAGUGCUUAAUUGACCUCUAUUUAAUUGUUGUAAAUAUAAAUGUAGUAUUUUUUUGACAGAGACGAAACACUAAAAAAAGACUGCUCGUGUAGAUAUAGGCGUGUGUGUAUAGUCGCUCUGUGCAACCGUGGAGACAAACGGGAGAGACUGGGGAGGGCUGACGGGGGGGGGGGGCAGUUCACUUCCUGUUUCCCCGAUCAUGUGACGGAAAGGUCCAGGAAGCAAAAGGGGCGCCUGCAGUCUCCUCAGGUGGACAGCUUUAGUAGUCUUCAUAUUAUUCUAAUAACGAUCCGGAGCUCAGGAUUUGGACUGAGCAAACACAGGAAGCGGCACUGAUUGGUCGUUUUUUUUUUUUCAUCCCGCAUCCCAUCGGGACUUCCUGCUUGUUUGCGCCAUAGCAACUGUUGUCAGGGCAGCGUUAUGUUUUGAGUUUUUCUUUUCCCUGUUUUUCGACGACAUCUGUUUUCAUUUUUUUAUACAGCUUUAAUCAGAAAGCCUCGUUUUUUUUAUGAUACUUUUAUUAUUUCUAUUGAACCACUGGUGUUAAAGCAUUUGCACAGCAACAACAACAACAACAACCAUAUUUGAUAAACAAAUGUGAUGUCAUUAUAUGACCUUGUGUGUAUGCACAGUGUGAGUGUGCGCGUGUGUGUGUAUUUGUAUAUGUGUGUGCGUAGACGUAGAAGCGGCACAUAUACGAGUGCAUCGUGUACAGGCCUGCUCUUUACAGUGACAAGUCGUGUUUCUGCCCCUUGAAGAAAGAAAGCACUGAGAUUUACACAGAAAGAAAAAUCACUUAUAUUUCCAUAAUUGACCUGGUAUGAAUUAAAUAUUAUCCAUAAAUAAAUAACAAGUUUUUCUCCUAAAAAUUUCACAAAUGUAAUCAAAAUAUUAGAUGGAUUUCUCUCAAUCUGGAAGAGUUUUAAUCAGCGGCAAAAAAACACCCACCCGUAUAAAAACAAAAUCAUAUUUCUUCCAGAUUAAAAACCUGCUCCAAGACGGAAAAUUGUGAAGGGACGAUUAAGUGGCAGAUUAGCGCACGUUUUUUAUUUCUGUGUAAAUCUCGUAUUGGAUUUCAACCCUCACACAGUCAGCGUCUACACGUGGCCGUUACACUACCAACCGGGCUUUACGAGCUCUGACACCAGAGGUCGCUUUGAAAUGGACGUCAACGCUUGUUCCAGAUAGCAUCUCUCUCUCUCUAAUCCGGAAACCUGCCGUGAUCCGAAACAUCAUCGGCUUCAUUUUACAACAUCGGUCAUUUCUUCAUUUGCAACCAAAAGGCAAUGAGAUAAACGAGUCAGAAAAUACAAUAUAUAUAUAGACGAACAAAAACAAGAAACAGUUAACACCCACUAGAAACUUAUAAGUAGAGCGACACUACGAACGUGUGAACAAAAUCUGAUUUCUGACGACACACACCUUCUGUUAAAUCUAUUGCUUUAUUUUACAUUUACGUCCCCUAAUCCAACUGCAAUCCGAUGCUGGACAGGAAAGUUUAAGACGUAAACAUUUAUUUCGUUGUCGGGUGUUUAACUAGCACAAGAAGAACAUUGAAGUGUAAAAGGACGCCCCAACAUUGAGCUCUGUACAGUCGUGUCACUGGAUUUUAACCAAGAAGUGACCAUGCGUCGCCGUGUUGGAAGACAAGAAAGUAACAGUUUUCUGCUCCUCCAGAGUAACCAGUCACUUUACCGACACUGCAGCACGUCCGUCCUCCAGGCGCCGUUUCACUCCGAUUUAUCUCCACACAUCCUCUCACUGGUCCUGACGCGUUUCCUCGCACUGUGGCGGUGAAGUUUGAAUCUAGUCAAGUGUUGAGGGUGAGUCCACUGUUGUGAGGAUGUCAUUUAUUUAUCUUCUUUCUUUUUUUGUCUUUAUCACCCGAGCACAUCAUUUUUGUCUUUGCACCCGGAGGACGGCCGUUCACAAAUAUUAAUCCCGACACGACUUUAUGACGACAGCGCAGAAACGUCUUCGUCGAAAAACCAAACGUGGAAAUGUACAUUGCCAUUUGUUCUGACUGGCCUUCACAGUGACUCACGUCCCCACAUGAGCGAUGAAGCCAAUUAUCAUUUUUAAAAACGGACAUAUUACAGUUUCAGGGCUGCGGCCGAGUCCCAUUCACACGAUCGGGUUAUUUUACAAAAGAAACAUUUUCUUUACAAUUUGUUCAUUCAGCGGCGUAAAAGAUAUUCAAGUUAUAAUAAAUCUGCUACAUAGUGUCACAUUGACAUUAAGGCCUGAUUAAUCACCGUCAAUAUUUAGGCUCGGUUCAUUCGAUUUGAUCGAUUCCUCGUCAGUCGAUCCAUUGAGAUUGUGUUUUACCACUUCAUCAUGAUAUAUUUGGAGCAAAAAUGUAAUCAAACAAUCCCUUACAUCAGCACUCGGUAUAUGUCAAAAAAUAUAAUGGGUUUUUUAUAAUCUAAUGCCAAAAUAUGUAGUUGAAAAAAAAUAUUACGGCCAAAUUUAGUGUCCUAGACGAGAAAUAAGAACUCUAACUCUUUGUCCGAUCAUCAGUGUGUGGGGUCAGUGUCGAACACGACAUGUUAGAAACGUCUGUCCCGUCGGUUGGACGCGUGUACGCGAACAAAAGCGGAGAAAUCGCAUCGAGCCACUCGGACGUCUCACGCGACGACGUAGCGAACGAGAGAUUCCACAUUUCUUUGACGCUUUCCUUUUAGUUUCUGAAAAAACACUCAUUUGUUCAGAGUUGAUUUUAAAAUCAUGAGAACUCAACCCCCAGCGCGGGGGGGGGGAAACUCCUCCUCUUUCAUUUUAUUUUUUAAAUAUAUUUUUUUUUUAUUGUGUUUUUUUAUUAACUUGUACUUUUUGGAAAAAACUGUCCCCUUUAUUUGCAGAACGACAACACUAGGUCUCUGUGAGAUUGAAUGAUGUUUUGAUGACUCCCUAAUUUCUGCAGUCAUUGAUCCAUAAUCCCCCUGAAGCAGGUGCCAACACGAUUCUUCCGUUGUGGGUUCUUUUACCCUCAAAGUUUGUUGUUUCAUAAGCGCAACUAUUCCUGUGUCAAAUCAUGUGCGACGGUCAUUCACCGGGGUUGUUCUGAGAUGAUGUGGGCACCAGAUAUGUGGAUUUCUUGAAUUAAGACGCUCAGAAAAUACAAAAAUCUCCGUUAAGAUCGACUCCCCCCUCUAUCCUCCCAAUGUUAAACAAAAACCCUUUUAAGUCUCCUCUGUUCUGUCACUAUUACACCUUUUGUCCUAUUUUGUUUUUGUUUUCAUAAUGCAAUGCACAUGUUAUGAAAUGUACAUAGUGUAAAAUAAAAAAUGGGUUUGUUUUACAUACUGUAUAAUUGCCUAUAUUUUGUUUCAGAAGUGUAACAGAUUUAUGAGAUGACAGGUUAACACAUUAAAAAGAAGGAACCGAA